UAUAUACUAAGAUAUAAUGCAAAUAAGAGAGUCUGAUGAAUAUAACAUCAGCAUGGAUUCUAGAAAAUGUUUGAGAAUUGUAUCAGUGAUGAUAUUGAUCAUGAUGAAUUAUCUUCCAUCUCUUCCCUCUAAUAUACUUCCCACCUAAAUAUCCUGAAAGAAGGAAAAGGAGAGAGACAGAGAGAAAUGAACCACACAGUGAUCACAGAGUUUGUCCUCCUAGGCCUUUCUGAUGAUCCUGACCUUCAGAUUGUGAUUUUCCUCUUUUUGUUUAUCACAUAUGUAUUAAGUGUCACUGGAAACCUCACUAUCAUCACCCUGACUUUGCUGGACUCCCAUCUACAGACGCCAAUGUAUUUCUUCCUCCGAAACUUCUCUUUCCUAGAAGUCUCCUUUACCACUGUAUGUAUUCCUAGGUUUCUGGGGACAAUUAUCACCAGAGAUAAGACUAUUUCUUUUAACAGUUGUGCAGCUCAGCUAUUUUUCUUUAUAUUCAUGGGGGUGACAGAGUUUUACAUUCUAACUGCCAUGUCCUACGACCGCUACGUUGCCAUCUGCAAGCCCCUUCAUUAUACAGCCAUCAUGAGCAGGAAAGUCUGCAGCCUGCUUGCACUAUGUGCAUGGCUGGGUUCCUUUCUGACUGUUUUCCCACCUGUUGUGCUUCUCCUCCAGCUGGAUUUCUGUGCCUCCAAUGUCAUUGAUCACUUUGCAUGUGACUAUUUUCCCCUUUUGCAAUUAUCUUGCUCAGAUACGUGGUUCCUAGAAGUAAUGGGAUUUUAUUUUGCUUUGGUUAGUUUGCUGUUCACCUUGGCAUUAGUGAUUUUGUCUUAUAUGUACAUCAUCAGGACUGUUUUGAGAAUCCCAUCUGCCAGUCAGAGGAAAAAGGCUUUCUCCACGUGUUCCUCUCACAUGAUUGUCAUUUCCAUCUCUUAUGGAAGCUGUAUAUUCAUGUAUGCUAAUCCCUCGGCCAAAGAAAAGGCAUCUGUCACUAAAGGGGUAGCUGUUCUCAACACGUCUGUUGCCCCCAUGCUCAACCCCUUCAUUUACACCCUGAGAAACCAGCAAGUAAAACAAGCCUUCAAAGACAUGGUCUAUAAAGUAAUAUUUUCUGCCAAGAAAUGAAUUUUUUGACAAAAAUAAAGGACACUCUAAAGAGCUAUUAGGUUAAAUCUUGGAAUUCCUGAAUGUCAUACAACUAUGCUUG